CAGACGCCGGCACCGCCGCAUUCGUGAGAUACAACUCGUGGUGGUCGGACGAAGUUCAGCGGCUGCUCUAUUAUCUGGAUAUCUGGAACUGUGCCUGGUUCUGUCCAUCGCUCUUUGUGCGCUUGCAUUGUGUUUUUUGUUGUUUUUCUGGCGCUGUGUAUUUUUGUUUUCGUUGUCAUUGUGCCACUCUGCCACUUUGUCACCUUGCAAACGGUCAACUCUUCCCGCCGGACCAGCGCUCCGUUCCCCUUCGAGACUCACCCGCGAUCCCAGGAAGCUGUUCCCAAGAGCACCAGCAUCCCAGCUGCGCAUCGAAAACCAUAUCCAUAUCCAUAUCCACAUCCAGAACACAGCGCACCAGCAUGUCGGACGGCAUCGAGGUCGAGCAAUUGGUGGAGAGCAAGCCGAGAAGGAUGCCGCUGGCCACGUCGCUGGAGAAGGACUCGAUUCGCGAGGCCUACGAGGAUGUACGCUCCGAUCUGACGGACACCGAGUGGGCGGUGUUCAAGUUCGAUGGCGCCCAGAUCAUUGUACAUGCGCGCGGUCAGUGCUUUGAGGAAUUCCGACAGCAGUUCGGCGACUCGGAGCGCGCCUUUGGCUACAUACGCAUCCAGAUGGGUGACGAGAUGUCCAAGCGCAAGAAGUUCAUCUUCCUGACGUGGAUCGGGCAGGAGGUGGGCGUCAUCCAGCGGGCCAAGAUGUCCACGGACAAGGCGCUGAUCAAGGAUGUCCUCAACAAUUUUGCCGUGGAACUUCAGGCGGGAGUGGAGGCCGAGCUGGACAUUGAGCUCUUCCGUGAGGCACUGAACCGUGCCGGCGGCGCCAACUACGGAACGGGCAUCCGGGAUAACUAAGCGGCCUCCAAGUUACUUUAUAUAUACAUUUUUUUUUGCAACUCUUAACUGCUUACCAAACUGCUCCUUUCUCUUUAAUUAUUAUGAAUUAAUUUUAUGAAAUUUAAAAACUGUACAUUUUAUGAAAUAUUAUACAAGCAAUUGUACAAUUA